CAUCUAGAUAAAGUGAAUGAUCUGCGGAUGGACGUUACUGUCGAAGAAGCAAAGAUACAGCAAACGAAAACUUUAAUUUUGAUAGAACGACCUUACGUGAGGAACGCGCGAGGCGCUCAGAGGGCACAGAGUCUAGCCGGACGAAACAUUAUUUCGACGUUGAAGCCGAGGCCUCAAGAUGGGUGUCCCGAAAUUCUUCAGAUACAUAAGCGAGAGGUACCCCUGCCUGAGCGAGGUCGUGAAGGAACAUCAGAUACCGGAAUUCGAUUAUUUAUACUUGGACAUGAACGGUAUCAUACACACAUGUUCCCAUCCAAACGACGAUAUCUGCUUCCGCAUUUCCGAGGAGAUGAUGUUUAAGAAUAUAUUUCACUACAUAGAGGUGCUGUUCAACAUGAUCCGCCCACAGAAGCUGUUUUUCAUGGCAAUCGACGGCGUUGCGCCUAGAGCCAAAAUCAAUCAGCAGAGAGGCCGACGUUUCAGGUCUGCCAAGGAUGCCGAGAUACAGGAGGCGAAAGCUAUAGCUAAGGGUGUCCAGAUACCCACUGAGAAGAGAUUUGACUCAAAUUGUAUUACUCCGGGAACACUCUUUAUGGCCAAACUAGGUGAUCUACUCAAGCGUUUUGUUGAGUAUAAGAUUUCUGUUGAUGAAGGAUGGAAGAAGUGCAAAAUACUGUUCAGUGGUGCUGAGGUCCCUGGAGAGGGCGAACAUAAGAUUAUGGAUUACAUAAGGUACAUGAAGGCCAGCGAGGAUUAUGACAGUAAUUCCAGACACUGUUUAUAUGGUUUGGAUGCCGAUUUAAUAAUGUUAGGUCUCUGUUCACACGAACCAAAUUUCUCUCUUUUGAGAGAGGAGGUCAAGUUUGGUAAACAGCAAGUGAAGACCACCCCUGAGGAGACAAAGUUCUGCCUUCUUCACUUGUCGCUCUUGCGAAAGUACAUUGAGCACGAAUUCUCGCCGAUCAAGGAUAAGUUGUCCUUUCCAUUUGAUAUUGAAAAAAUAAUCGACGAUUGGGUUUUAAUGGGUUUUUUAGUGGGAAAUGAUUUUAUUCCCCAUCUGCCAAAUUUACAUAUUGCCAACGGUGCACUGCCAAUUCUGUACCGUGCAUACAUGGAGGUAUUACCGACGCUAGAAGGUUACAUAAAUGAGGCGGGAACAUUGCAACUUGACCGUUUUGAAAAGUUUAUGGAGAAACUUAGUCGUUUAGAUGUAGAACAGUUCAAUGAGCAUUACGCCGAUAUAAAGUUUUUUGAAGCCAAGACUGGUAGAAGGCCCAAUGAAUCCGAACGUCAUGUGUAUAAAAAAUUGGAAGACAGCAACUCUGUGUCUCCAAAGAAAACACAAAACAAAGAUUUAGAUGCUCUUAUUAAAAGUACUACAGAGAUGUCCUUAGGUAAUUUUGACGAUGAUGAUGAUGUCUUUAUAGAGUAUAGAGAUAUGGAUUUAAUGAUAGACGAUGAAUCCGAUAGUGAUAUAUAUAACAUGGAAUUUGUACAGCAUAAGAAAGAUUACUAUAUGAACAAAUUAGAAUAUGAAAACGUCGACGAGGAGGUUUUACGUUCACAAGCUGAAGGCUAUGUGAGAGCAAUUCAAUGGAAUUUACAUUAUUACUAUCACGGUUGUUGUAGCUGGUCGUGGUAUUACCCACAUCACUAUGCACCAUAUAUUUCCGAUAUAAAAGACUUUAAGGAUUUAAAGUUGGAGUUUGAGUUAGGAGAACCGUUCCUGCCCUUUCAACAAUUGCUGGCUGUAUUACCAGCAUAUAGCAAGGCUCUGUUGCCAGAUGCAUUUCAAUCUUUAUUGACAGAGGAAUCUUCUCCUAUCAUCAGUUAUUAUCCACACAAUUUUAAAACUGAUCUAAAUGGAAAACGACAGGAAUGGGAAGCAGUCGUACUUAUCCCAUUCAUUGAUGAAAAACUGUUAUUGUCCGCUAUGCAACCGCACUUAUCGAGAUUAACAAUGGAAGAACAAGCAAGAAACAAACAAGGACCGAUGUGUCUGUUUUCGUACAGCGAAGAGGCUGGAAGUGUUCAUAAAACAACAAUAUACUUUCCAGAAUUUAUUAGCCAUGCUCAAGUAAAAUUAAUGAAUCGCGAUGAGGUAUUCGUUCCGAGAGAACGAUUAAUCAGAGGAUUGUCUCCAGGUUUUGAUCUCGACCUUUAUUAUCCAGGAUUUCCCAUACUACGGCAUUUAGAUCAUUCAGCGCAUUUGGAAAAAGCGAAGGUUAAAGUAUUUCAACAACCUUCAGUCGGAGACAAUAUGAUUCUAAGUCUAAUAUUAAAACCGACGCCAAAUGUGGUAACUUUAGCUUCGGAGAUACUAGGAAAGAGUGUAUAUGUAGAAUGGCCUCAUUUGAAGGAAGCCCUUGUGAUUGGCGUGGCUAACGUUAACGUGAAACUCAGUUUAAUUAAUCAAUUAGGCGAUUAUAAUCCCAAUAAUCUGAAGAAGGAAGACGUAAAGGGUCUGUUAUCUACAGAAUGGCACGCACACUGUAAACAAAUCAAAGAAAUACAUAUGUCACGUCUUGGGAUAAAUAUAGGCGAUACAGAAAUAUUGCUUUAUACUCGUUUAUUCCUGGGUAACAAAUACGUUUUUGAUGCUCAAGGGAAGGUUACUAUCACGAAGCAGUGGAACGAUUAUCCUACGGUUUACGCUUAUCAGACUGUAGUCAGAAAUAUUUCUACCUACAGCAAGAAAUUGCCAGUCUUUGAAACUAUGCAUGAUAUUUUUAUACCAGGAACCUUUUGUUUCAUGUUGGGGCAUCCCUAUUACGGUGCGAUGGGAAAGGUUAUGCAAAAUAAGGAUAGUUCAAAGUCGCGCAGAAUCAAAAUUUCUAUAAAUAACGUAAAGGAGCCAACAUUCGAGGCUGUAAAGCAAGCCUAUAGUCAUCAGAAAACACGAUAUAUGCACGGCAGUAUUGCCGCGCAACGUCUUGGAAUAAGUAGUCAUCUCUUAAGUAGAAUCACUGGGACAAUUUAUGUUAUACAAGCAUCGAAAGAUGAACUUUCGAAAUAUAACCUUGGAUUGAACUUAAAGUUUAAUAAAAGGAAUGAAGAGGUUCCUGGUUACACUAGAAAGGAGAACAGCCAAUGGUUAUACAGCACAAAAGCGAUCGAACUAAUUCGAAAUUAUAUGACGAAAUGUCCUAAUUUGUUUGAACGCUUGGCCCAGAAUGUAACAAAUGACAUUUUCCAAGAAGAAGAGUUAUUCGGAAAAGGGUACAUUGCGAAUUAUUUUCUUAAGUUAAAAUAUAUUGGAUCUGAUGAGCUGAAGACAACAGUUGCAUGGUUAAAGACAGAAUUACAAGGUUUAGAAAGCCGUGCUUGUGGUAUGGAUAUUGUCGAAGCGGAUUUGGUAAAAGAGAUCGAGAAGGAAGUGGAGGAGUACUUGAAGACCGAGGAAAAAACGGUCUUCCUGCAAGUGAAACCGCAGUUACUUUACAAGCCGAGUUUACAUUUGCGUAGCGUACCGCCUGAUCCGAAUUCGCAAAAUCGUUUGUUCGAUAGAAUUCGCAGUGUCAGAAGCGAUUUUAGUGUACCGCUCGGAAGCAAAGGCACUAUCAUAGGAAUACGAAAGGGAAAUAAUCUAUUAGAUACCAUGUAUGAUGUUUUAUUCGAUAAACCUUUCAUGGGUGGACUUACGUUAAGUGGUUGCUCUGAGUUUCGCGGUUAUCGUUUGACAGCUAUGGACUUUAUAAAUAUCAGCUUCGGCGAGAGAACGGAACAAGGAAAUCCGGCGAAUGAAUCGACGGAGUAUCGAAAGCAAACGGCGAGUUCCGCUUCUCCCAGUAAGAAGAGCGAUCAAUCUAAAGCGUAUCCACAGAUGCAGCUUGCUAAGAAACAACUUGAGAAACUGAAUCGUGAUAUUUGUUUGGGUAUGGCGCAACAUGGCAUGAUUGAACUGAGUCCGAAAACAAUACCGAUGCCUCACAAUCCUCAGAACGUACCGCCUAAUCAAGCGUCCGAGUUCCAAGCAUUAUGGAAUGAAUUGCACAAGAUUCAGAAGCCGAACGGACCACCGGAGAAAGUAGCGUCUAAUCCAGUGCAAGCGACGAAAGUCAAGCCAUUUAACAACCACAAUACACAAUCGCCGCAGGAUCCCAGUGCGUUUCUUAAAGCUAUGCUAAAGAUUCCCGAUUUAAAUCCGCAAACGAGUAAACAAGAAAGUAAAUCUGUACCACAACCCAUGCCCGUGGCAACGCUUCAGAAAACGACAGUCCCACAGAAAGAUCAAAAUCCUCCACCUUUGGUACAACAGUUAUUCGAUCGUGCUCGACAAACUGAACAGAAAAAGGAGAAGGCAAAUCCAGUCUGGUAUAUCCCUCAAUUAUUGAGACAUUUCUCGUUUAACGGAGCUGGCGUACCAAAAUAUACUUAUGCUAUCGAUGAAAAAACGGGUUUAAUUAGCGCCCACGUUAUGCUGGAUAAUGCGAAAGUUUUUAAAGGCGAUCCUAGCACCACUCACGAGCAAGCCGCGGAAAGUGCAGCGAAAAAAGCGUAUAAGGCAUUAAAUUUGAAUAAAGUGCCGGUGCACGACACAAAAGUAAUGAUGGCGCCGCAGUGGUUCAAUGCUCAACAAAAUAAUUGGAUUCAAAAUAUUCGACCUCCUAUGGUGCCUCCUAUGGCCCCUAUGAAAAUACCGCCGAUUCCGCCGACUCUGCCUAUGCAACCUAAUUUAUUUUAUCCAAAAUGGAAUCCAAAAUUGCCACCACCAAAUCCAGCAUUUGGACAAAUUGCACAGUACAGCCAAGCUAGGCAGCAGCAAGUGAAACAUCAGGGUCCGCAGAAAGGAUUUCAAAAUGGACCGAAGAUGGAGAUUAGGAAUAGCACCGCGUUCGUUCCGUUACAGGCUCAGAAAAAGAGUAGAAAUGUCAGCGUGCAACAAGCCUCGAAGGAGAAUCCGAAUCCGAAUUCUAAGAAGAGCUCCAGCCCUAAAGCGCAGCAACAACAGCUGCAACAGCAGCAGAAGAAGCAAGAGGAAACGUUCAAGAAACAGAAGCCAGAAGUCUCAAAUAAACCCAGAGAGAAGACUGCAUCGAGCGAACCGCAACAACAGCUGCAGCAGAACUCGGGAAAAUCAUCCAGACCCAGAAAAUCGCGCGUCGCUGCGAAAUUCGGUGCACCACCCUUAUCGAACGGCGGUGAACCCCCUCAGUAAAAAUUCUGUUUUGUCUCUGAGUGGGGUAGAGCUUUGCAAAUUAUAUGUAAAUAUAAGAUAUUAUACCGAUCCAUCCUUCUCUCCCCUCCUUUUCCCUUCAUCAUUCGUUUUCUACAUUUUAUAAUAAAAAUAAGCAGACCUUUCUCCGAAGAUGUUCAAUGGGCUAAUACACGUUUUAUUUUUAUUAUUGACGCACCUAAACAGUUUUUCGUACUUACAUAUGAUCGCAUGUCCGUGCACCAAAUAAUACUUACAAUUAGACCCUCUCAAGUCAAAUGUAUAUACACGCACUGAACUUAUACACGUAACGUACAAUGUAAAGAGUAUAAGUGUGGAUGACUAUUUUAUAUCGAAUGAGCAUUUUUAGUUUAUAUUUUUUACAUUUCACAGGUGUCAAUUGUAUUAAUAAUAUAUCUUAUAUACACGUCUUAUUUUCUAAUUAACAAUUCAAUUCAUAUAUCAGAAUAAGAAUUCAGAUAUAUAUUUUGAGAUAAUUGUUUAUAUUGCACAAAAAUUAGUACUAAAUCAUGGAGAUUUAAAUAUUUAUUUCAUUUACAUUGUUCCUUUUUUUAGUUUUAUAAUAUAUUUUAAUUUUUACUGUAAAAUAUAUUCUGUAUGUAUGUGUGUGUAUGUGUGAGUGCACGACGAUCAGUUUUAUAUAUAUAUAUAUAUAUAUAUUAGUGGGACGAAUAUGUUUUCAUUUUUCUUUUUUUUGUAGUCAGUUCACACUGUAUUAGGUUUUAAUUAGAUUACAAAAGUAGAUUGAUUUUAUCAUUUAAUAAUGUAUAUCGCGAUUUUUAGAACAAUGAUUUAUCGAUUUUUACUACAUAUUCGUCAAUUUACAUAUGGGCGUCUUAAUAUGAGGCAACAUAUAUGUUAUAUUAUAUGUAAGAUAUUGAGAAAGUGAUAUUAAGUCCGUAAAUAGAAAUAUGUAUCUUCAAUGAA